UCAAGUUCAGCUCAGCCUUAAACCCAGCGGUCUCUUUAAAGCCCCUGUGCUUCAGCCCCUGCAUCCCUCUGCUGGAGAAUAUGAUCUUGAGCCUCUCCUCUCCCCGAGCAGUCUGCGCUGGACUAACAUCUCUGCAGGACUGAGUGGACGGACACAAUGGAGCCUUCUAACCAGGUUUAAGCCCUUUCUGGGCAGCACAGUGCUGUUUCUUUCGGACUGGACGGCUGUACGCGACGCUGCUCUCCUCUGGCUUUUUCCCUCACCUCGCUAUUAAGAGUUGGAAGUACUUUUCGAGCUCGUGUUGGCUGAUUUAGUGUGUAAAGCGCCAUGUGUACCGCGGGGUUGUGUGGAUAGACCAUGUCUUCUGCAGGAUGGGCGCGAACAAUGGGAAACAGUACGGAAGCGAAGGUAAAGGAAGCUCCAGCAUUUCCUCCGACGUGAGCUCCGGCACUGAUCACACGCCCACCAAAGCUCCCAGGAAUGUGGCUACCAGUGAAGACUCAGACCUCAGCAUGCGGACACUCAGCACUCCCAGUCCUGCUCUCAUCCUUAGCCCAAGUCCUUCCCCGCUCUCUCCCCAAACUGUCCCAAAUGGCCAUGAGUCUCCAUCCCCAUCCCCCACCGUUCCAGGGGAAACCGUAGCUUUGGUACAUGCCCCUCCAGGAACACAGGGCUGUAAACGUUCCUCCAAGACUCACCACACUGCGCUGAUUGACUUCCUCCCAGACCCGGUUCUCCUGCAGAUCUUUGCUCACCUAUCCACUCCGCAGCUGUGCCGCUGUGCUCGAGUGUGCCGCCGCUGGUACAACCUGGCCUGGGAUCCGCGCCUCUGGAGAACCAUUCAGCUUACUGGAGAGUCGCUCCAUGCUGACCGUGCCCUGAAGAUCCUCACCCACCGCCUUUGCCAGGACACCCCCAAUGUGUGCCUGACCCUGGAGACCGUGGUGACCAGUGGCUGCCGCAGGCUUUCUGACCGCGGCCUGCACGUGGUGGCUCAGUCUUGCCCGGAGCUGCGGCGCCUGGAGGUGGCGGGCUGCUAUAACGUGUCCAAUGAGGCUGUGUUUGAUGUGGUGUCCCGGUGUCCCAACCUGGAGCACCUUGAUGUCUCAGGCUGCCCCAAAGUGACCUGCAUUAGCCUGACCCAGGAGACCUCAGUGCAGCUCUCCCCGAUUCAUGGCCAGCAGAUCGGCCUGCGCUACCUGGACAUGAGUGACUGCGUCUCUCUGGAGGACGAGGGUCUGCGUGCCAUCGUGUCACAUUGCCCCCGCCUCACGCACCUGUAUCUGCGGCGCUGCAGCCGGCUGACAGACGAGGCCCUGCGUCAGCUGGCCCUGCACUGCCCCGCCCUGCGUGAGCUCAGCCUCAGUGACUGCCGGCUGAUGGGUGACUUCGGCCUGCGUGAGGUGGCGCGCCUGGAGGGCCGUCUGCGCUAUCUGAGCGUGGCCCACUGCACACGCAUUACUGAUGUUGGCCUGCGUUAUGUGGCCCGCUACUGCCCCAGGCUCCGCUACUUGAACGCACGGGGCUGUGAGGGGCUCACAGACCAAGGCUUGGGCCACCUGGCCCGCAGCUGCCCCAGGCUGCGUUCGUUGGACGUGGGCCGCUGCCCACUGGUGUCGGACAUGGGGCUGGAGGUUUUGGCGCACUGCUGCCUGGGGCUCCGGAGACUCAGUCUGAGAGGCUGUGAAAGCAUAACUGGGAGAGGGCUGAGGGCACUGGCUUCAGGUUGCCCUGAACUGCAGAUGCUUAAUGUACAGGAGUGUGAGGUGCCCCCGGAGGCACUGCGACUGGUCCGACGCCACUGCAGACGCUGUGUGAUUGAACACACCAUCCCGGCCUUUUACUGAGUGCAGGGCAGUGAACUGUUCUGUUCUGACAAGCGGAUAAUUUCACUUAGCCGCAGCUUUAUGGUCAGUUGCUGUGGAAUUUAUAUGAUGUAUAAAGCACUAUUAGAGCUGGAUUAGUUUCAUCUGGGGAGAUGCUAUAAUUCAAAAGAGAAUUCCAAUGAUUUCAGAUGUUCUCUAUAAUUCAGUCAUAGAGAUGUAAACCAAAUCAUUCAGAGUGGUCUGAUGUGAAGUGGUACAUUGAAGAGACACUUAUCAACUGAGAUUUCUUUAUAGUGGGGUUGAUAGGAACCCACGGUCAUAAUUUCUACAACGCAAUUUUAUUUAGUUUUGAAAAAAAUGACCAGUGAACGUGAGUCUUCAUUUUAUAUGUAAUGCUGAUGAUGAAAAAAUAACUUUGGGGAUUAUUUUGCUUUACAACAGCGAAUAUAUACCUCUCUGCCAUGAAGGUAUUUUAAAAAAAAAGUUUUAGACCCAUCUCCAAACUACUGUCAAUCUAUGUCUCAGACAUCAGGCAGCGUAUUUGUAACCAUUUCAUGUAAUAAUUUUCUGCAAUGUAGAUUUUAGAGGCGUUAAACUCUUAAGAUGUCUGGUUCGUAUCACUGCCACUGAACAACUCUGACUCGGUAAGUUUCUUAGCAACAGAGCAUUUCACAUCAAACCACUCUGAAUGACUCUGUUUACAUCUUAACCAUUUAAUUAUGCAGAAUUUUUGAAAAAUCUGUGGAUUUUAAGUGAUUACUGACUUUUAUUUCAGUCUAGUGCAAAUCUGGAUAAAAUCUGGAUUUUUUACAAGUCUGACAAUUAAUAAUUCCAAAGUUAUUUGUUCUCUCUGACUGGCUGAACCCAAACUCAUUAGUAAUAGUAGGCUUGUUUCUUUGCACGCUAAUGGCCAUGCACCAUGUUCUUAUUAUUUUUAAAUAUUUUUAAACACCUGUCUGUACUAAUUAGAUACCUCAUCCUGUACAAAUUGGUCACUCAAAUCAACUAAAUCAACAAAAUUUAUAGUACUGAGCCUUCUCCGAUAGAACUAAUCCCGCUCAAAUAGAGCUUAAGAUUACUUUGCGUGCAAUAUGUGCCUCUGUUAGUAGUUAUGCAGUCCUUGCCAAUAUGUGCGUAAAAGUAUUUAUCAGACAAAAGGGUUACAUUACUAUAUAAGCUGGUAUUCAAACAACAGUCUAAUAUGUCUGUCUAGGACAGAAGAUGGUGUAUCUCCAUAAUUUUUAAUUGUAAUACUGAACUGACUCAUGCUGGAUCUGCAGCAUUACCACUUACUUCAUUGCCUUUUUUAAUCCAAGUUUUAAGACGCUGGUUCUCAACCUCUGCCCUGCACAGUUCAUUGUCUGCCUGCUUUAACACAUAUUUGAAAUAGUUGAAUCAGGUGUGUUGGAACAGAGGGAACGCCAACAGGUGCAGCAUAGGACUCUUAGAGCAUGGUUGAGAAACACGGCUUUAAGGGUAUUUGAGAGCAUGUCUGUUCUUUUGUCCUUCUAGUGCCUGUAUAAUGAUGUGUUUUAUGUGGGUACUUGCACUUUAAAAGUCUAUCUUUGACAAUCCAUGACAAUCACUAUCAAUGUAUUGAAAAGUGUCAUCUUUAUGUAGCUGUAUAAACGUAACUUUGGUUAAAUAGCCACUAAUGAUAACGGGAAUAGAGAAUAAGGGAACAGUUAUCUGGGGGUUGGUUUGAAGAAAUGAUACAUGAAAAAAGCAGUGCUGCUACAAAUAAAGGGCUACUUAUUUAACAUCCCUUAAACAUUUGACUUUUUUCGUUUCCAAAGUACGUAUUUGAACACAAUUAUAAAUAUCCCAAUUGCUGUACAAACAGCAAGCUGAUAAA